UAAACUUGUAUCGUCUACUAUUAGAGGAGAUACUGUCUUUUUACAAAUCUCUUGCUCCAUCUGACUCCCUCUUUUUCUUUAUCCCCUCUCUCAAUUCCUACAGUUCUACUCUUCCUCUCGACUUCUCGAAGAUUUCCGCGUAUCGAGUUAAGCUUAACAUUGGCGUGUACCAUCUUAAAUGUUCUCUGUUUGCACAACAAUUACGGUGUUCGGAAAACUAGUCACUACGUAGACCACGUUCACGUUCCCUCGUGAACCACCUAUAUAGAAAGUUUCAACAAAAAUUUUUACGGAGUUCUUUUUCUCUCUGUCUGCUCUCUGUAUGUCUCAGUUCCUCUUUCUCUUUGGGUGCGUGAGUGCGAAAAUAUCAGACGGUGCAACGGAGUUCCACAUCGAUGUAUCGAUACUAAAGACUCCCGGGGGCGAGGUUUUGAGACAAUAGUCCGUGAGUGAGGUUACAUGGACUCGUUGAAAUGUCGUGGCUCCUCAAACAACGGACUUACGAUUAGCUCGGGGAGGCAACAUCCGUGAGCAACGACAUCACAAUGCGCAUGUUGCUGCCACUGAGGUUGGUUUUCGUCGCAGCAAGCUUGCUGCUGGCAACUACCAAAGCAAAUGUCCACAUACAUUUGCAUUCUGACACUGCCAAACAUUUUUCCAUCGGAGAACAUGAACAAGCUGUUGCUGGAAUAGAGGCUAGCCUAUUGUCACUUCUUGGUUUUGCAAAAAGGCCAAAGCCACAAGGUCCAGCUUAUGUUCCAGAGUCUUUAAAAAAACUGUUUGUUAAACAAAAUACCAUUGGUAUGGCUGAUAUUGCUAGACCAGGAAUUCAUGCUAGGUCUGCUAACACAGUUCGCUCCUUUUCUCAUGUUGAGAGUGAUCUGGACCAUAAAUUUCAAUCUCCAAAUCGCUUUCGUCUCUCCUUUGAUUUAAGUAGUAUACCUUUAGGAGAGAAAUUGCAAGCUGCUGAAUUAAGUGUUUCUCGCAAACCAAUAUUAAAUGAGAAAGACUCCACACAGAAGCUGACGAGAAUACUUGUUUAUGAUAUUUUGCGCCCUGGUACAAAAGGACAUAGUGCUCCAUUGUUACGUUUAAUCGACAAUAAACCAGUUAAUAUUAAAAAGAGUGGCACGAUUAGUUUAGACGUUCACCCUGCUGUAGAGAGGUGGAUAGAAGAUCCUAAGAAUAAUCAUGGACUUCUGGUGCAUGUGCGUGGAAGUAAACAGGAACAUGUACGUUUAAAAAGGAGUAUAAAUGAGAGAAAUGAUACAUGGGUCAUUAGUCGACCAAUGUUAUUCACUUACACAGAUGACGGCAGGUACAAAAUGUCCUCUGCAAGUCAAAUAAUGGACCGCCGUGCUAGAAGAGCCGCACUUCGAAAAAAUCGACGGAAAGACGGUCGUGAAAACUGCAGACGACACCCGCUCUACGUUGACUUUGCAGAUGUCGGUUGGAAUGAUUGGAUUGUUGCUCCUCCUGGUUAUGAUGCUUUUUACUGUCAUGGUGAUUGUCCCUUUCCUCUGGCAGAUCACUUAAAUUCUACGAAUCAUGCAAUUGUUCAGAAUUUGGUUUAUUCAACAAAACCAAGCUUGGUGCCAAAAGCUUGCUGUGUGCCCACUGCGCUCAGCUCAAUAUCCAUGCUCUAUCUUGACGAAGAGAAUAAAGUAGUUCUGAAAAAUUAUCAGGACAUGGCUGUUCUUGGAUGUGGAUGCCGUUGACCAUUCACCGACUGCUUUAGUUAAAUAUUUUCAUAAUGAAGUAUUUAUGUGCGGCAAAGAUAAGAAUGGUUUAAAAGACAUUAGUAAAGUGAAAUAAGAGAGAAUAAAGGUUUUGCUAAAUUGCGUGGAUAGUAAGUAACGCUAUUUUUGGAGGGUAUGUUGAUAUGUUUAUUGAGUAUUUGUACAGUUAAUGCACAUUCAAGAGAUUUUAAAUUUAUUAUGUGCGACAGAUCAAUCAACUACUAAUUAUUCAAGAUUAUUAGAAUCUUGAAUGCCUAACUUGUCUAUCUAUGAAAUAAACAGAAAUGAAAAGUGUUUAUAUCACAUAUGGUUUUAAUAAAUCAAUUAAUUACAGAAAAUUCAGAUAUGUAUGAAUAAUAUAAAGUUUGGAUAGAAAUAUAUUAGGUAAUUAUUGUUAAAAGUAACGAUUAUUGUUGCACACAUAAUCGAUCGAUCUAAUUGAUCAUAUAAAAAUGGAAGAAAGAUUCAAUGUUGUACAGAUUUUGAUCCUUGUUAUAUUGUGCCUUAAUUCUAUGUUUUCCUUUCGCAAAGGAAAAUAUUCUCUAACAAGGGUUUAAAUCAAGGUAAAUACGCGCGCCAAAAUUUUAAAUAAUCCCCUUUUAUACAAAACGUUUUGAAUAUCGAUUAUGGUAUCUUUUUACAUUAUUUCUUGACAAAUUGAUCGAUCUUUUUUUAAUAGAAAAAAAUUAUUCUAAUUAAUGUGAAAUUGACUUGUAUUGACGGCAAAAAGAGACUCUAUUUUUUAAAGAGUAAGAGUUUGAAAGGUUCUAAAAUAAUAUUCAUUUUGAUCUUAAUAAUUUUAUGUGAACUCUUUUAUAGAAUAAUUACCUUUUCCGGUAUUUCGAAAUUUAUAUGGUAUUAGUUUACUCUUUAUAUAAAAGUUAAUUAAGCGAUUUUUAAAAUACUCACAGUAUUCUAAAUUUGAUUUUGAACAUAUGUCGAACACGUAUUUCAAACUCUCUGUAUGCUACAAAAUGUAUUGGAAUAUUUAUAAACAAUUUUGUUUUCCACUUGUAAAGUAACUUUACAGGCGGAAAAAAAUUAUUUUAAGAUGUUUUUUUAUUAUUAUUAUUAUCUUGAUAUUCAUUUCAACUAAUUCACAUUAAGGUAAAAAAUUUAUAAUAAGUUAUAUCACUUUUUUAUAAAUUACAAAUAAUAUUCUUUAAUUUUGGAGUUUUAUUGCAAUAAAAAAUUUAGAUAAUAAGUAUACAGUUUCUGUCCUGCUAGUUUACUUUGCAAAUAUGAAACAGAUUUAAAAUGCAAAAAAAAGCAUAUUUUCAAUUUAACCUAUUCUAAAAAAUUACUACGUACUUAAGAAUUAGUAAUUUUUAUAUAUUUUUUUAAUUAUUUCAUAUUCAGACAAAGAAUAAUAAUAAAUUUAAAAUUGAUUUGAAGACCAAGAAAAAAGUAAAAGUCUUAGUUCAUACAUAAAGAACCAAACAAGUCAAACGUAUCCGAAGUUAUAUUUCACAAUAGACAAGUUAAACAUUGUACUAACUUAUCUUGAUUUUCUGACUUGUGACCAUUUCAUUUAUUAGUAUAUUUUAGUAUAAGGAUAACAUUGAAAUAGGUGGUCAAAUUUCAAUGUCGUUUUCUACUAUGUCUGAGGAUGAAAAAAAGGUCAUUUUAAUAUAUGUCCAAAAACUCUUUCUUUCUGAGAUGUAAACAAUUUUCGGUUAUGAUGGAAUAUCGUAGAAAUAUUUAUAAUUUACUUCAAAAAGCUGCUGGAAAUGUUUUUUUUUGUAACAGUACACGCUUUGCAUUAACGUUUUAAAAACUAUUAAAAACGUCCUUAAAAAUAAUAGUACAGUUCGGAACAGCAUAAAUUGAAGUUUGCCCGCCUAUUUUAAUGUUACCAUGUAUAUCACAGAAGUCUAAAAUUUAUACUCAUUAUUUGAAAAUAUAUACAUUAAAAACAGCGAUGUGUUGUAUGCGAAAUACAAAAACUGUAGUAUAACUACACUAAUUAAGAUAUCAGUUUAUUUGAAUUUUACUCAGAAAAGAAGUAUAAAACAUUCACAACGUUCCGUCAUUCGUAUGUAUUGUCAAAAUUAUCUAUAGUACUCAUAUACUUAUUUAUUUUAAUAAUUUCUUUCUACAAUUUUUAAUUUUGUAUUUUAAGCGUUCAAUCCUUUAACGACGAAAACUCAGUUUGUUAAUAUACAAAAAGUAUAAAUACAUAUUAAAAAUACACCUAGUGAUAUAAAUUAAUGUCUGCCGUCGAGAAUGAACCGUACCUGCGUAACGAACAAUUAUUUAUUCUAUUAGCAAAGAAGUCUAAGUAUAUGUAUAUUUGUACAAAAAGAAGGAAGAACAAAAGGUGAAUAAUCGUUCGUAUUUAUGGCGCGCGUCGGCCUGUAAAAUCUGUAAAAUAGAUAGAAAUAAAAAAGGACCAAUGUAAAUAGUGCGUCUGUAUAGUGCAUUAGUAUAUAUAGUAUUUUAUUCGAUGUUUUUAUUACUAUUUCUACGUUCUUCGAUUGUACACAGGUAUUGCGUGUGUAAAUAGUAAACAAAUUUUAAUAAAUAGUUAUAUUAAAUUACAUUUAUGCUUUUGUACUUAAAAAAAUAAUAAAUGAUAAUCACAAAGAAAUAGACAGAAAUCAAUUAGAAGUUGAACGGUAUUCGAUAAGGUAGUAACUUAUUGCUGUAAAAUACUUGAAAUAUAAAUAUUUUUUCAAGAAACAUUGAGUGAAUAAAAUAACAACUGGUAUAUAAAAUAUGUAACAAAAAUUUUAUUUUUUUAUACAAUUAUGCUACAUACAUAGGACAAUGCAUUUCUCAUUGUAAAUGUAAAAAAAAUAUAGAACAAUAUUUCAGUCUUUAAUGCUAAAAGAGAAGAAUAAUUUAAUAGAAGAUUCAUUCUUCAAGGCUCAUAUAAUGGCAGUGCGAGGUAAAAACCAUUUUCACAAACAUGAUAUGUUGUGCAUUUUGUACAAAAGAUUUUGAAUUUUGUAUUUCAUUUUCCUAGGAUUUUGUAUGUUUUAUGGCACAGCUCGAUUAUAUUGCGAAAACAGUGUCUUUUUCUCUUACUUAAUAUUAAAAAAGUAUGACAUUUUAAUUUCCAACAUUCUCAUUGACAUUUACAUAAAAAAUGCAAAAUAAGUGCGAGCAUUUUCUAUUUUCAUUGCAAACCA